AUGGCUUUGAAAAAAGUCAAGGGGAACUUCGAAAGAAUGUUCGAUAAAAAUCUGACUGAUUUAGUACGAGGAAUCAGGAAUAACAAAGAUAAUGAGUCCAAGUAUAUAGCACAAUGCAUGGAAGAAAUAAAAGUGGAAUUACGACAAGAUAAUAUAGCAGUCAAAGCUAAUGCUGUGGCUAAAUUGACAUAUCUCCAAAUGGUAGGAUAUGAUAUAUCAUGGGCCAUAUUCAAUAUAAUAGAAGUAAUGAGCUCCAACAAGUUCACUUACAAACGCAUUGGAUACUUAGCAGCUAGUCAAUCAUUCCAUGCAGACUCGGAAUUAUUAAUGCUCACAACUAAUAUGAUUAGAAAGGAUCUCAAUGCACAAAAUCAAUAUGAAGCUGGUUUGGCCCUUAGUGGUCUCAGUUGCUUCAUAUCACAUGACUUAGCCAGAGACUUGGCCAAUGACAUCAUGACUUUGAUGAGCUCAACUAAACCAUAUUUAAGAAUGAAAGCUGUUCUUAUGAUGUAUAAGGUAUUUCUGAGGUAUCCAGAGGCCCUCAGACCAGCUUUCCCAAAGUUGAAAGAAAAAUUAGAGGACCCAGAUCCAGGCGUUCAAUCGGCGGCUGUUAACGUAGUAUGUGAAUUAGCAAGAAAAAACCCCAAAAACUACCUCUCUUUAGCUCCUGUUUUCUUCAAACUUAUGACCACAUCCACUAACAAUUGGAUGCUGAUAAAGAUCAUCAAAUUGUUUGGUGCCUUAACCCCAUUAGAGCCUCGACUUGGCAAGAAACUGAUAGAACCAUUAACUAACUUAAUACAUAGUACGUCAGCGAUGUCGCUACUGUACGAGUGUAUCAACACGGUGAUCGCCGUUCUGAUCAGCAUCAGCAGCGGUAUGCCGGGACACGCCGCCUCCGUCCAACUUUGCGUGCAGAAAUUAAGAAUACUCAUUGAAGAUAGCGACCAGAACUUGAAAUAUUUGGGUCUACUGGCUAUGUCCCGAAUAUUGAAGUCACACCCGAAGUCUGUGCAAGCUCACAAGGAUCUUGUACUCGCUUGUCUGGAUGACAAGGAUGAAUCGAUAAGGCUGAGAGCUCUCGGUCUGUUGUACGGAAUGGUAUCAAAGAAAAAUUUAAUGGAAAUAGUAAAAAAACUCAUGGUGCACAUGGAACGUGCGGAGGGUACAUUGUACCGUGACGAAUUAUUGACGCGUAUCAUUGAGAUUUGCUCACAAAACAACUACCAACAUGUCGUGGACUUCGAGUGGUACAUCACCGUACUCGCUGAACUCACCGAAAUGGAGACGAGCGCUAAACACGGUCGCGUGGUGGCCGCGCAGCUGACGGAGGUGGGCGCGCGCGUGGCCGAGGUGCGCGACUUCGCGGCGCGCGAGUGCGGCGAGCUGCUCACGCACAUGGCGCAGUCGUCGCCCGGCCCCGCCUCGCGCGAGGUGCUCUACGCCGCCGCCUACGUGCUCGCCGAGUACUCUCGGGACGAGUGGGUGAUGCAGGCGGCGAUAUCCCCGCUGCUGGUGUGCGCGGGGCUGGGCGGGGCGCACAUGCGCGCGCGCGCCGUGUGCGUGCACGCCGCGCUCAAGGUCGUGGCCAACCUGCUGCUCAAGUACGAGGCCGCCGGGGACCGACGAAGUGCCAUAGACGUAAUACAUUCGACGCUAUCGGGCUUACGUCCGUUGCUGUUAAGUGAAGACAUGGAAGUGCAGGAACGGGCUCACAACGCCGUAGCUCUGCUGAAUCUCGUUCUUCGGAAGAUCAACCCUGAUGACCCUGAACUACCGCCGGAACAUACUCCAUUGUCUGAUACGGGAUUACUUGUGCAACACGACGAAAGCAAUAGCAUUGAGAAUGAACAGAAUGCGGAAGCCAUAAACGGUGAAAGUUCACAGACAUGGACGGAGAAAUUCAGUGGCGGUCUCAUCGAAGAACUCGCCGACUUGUUCGACGGAGAACUGAAGCCCGUUGCGCCUAAGGCACAGAAGAAAGUCCCUAUGCCAGCUGAUUUGGAUUUGGAGCAGUGGCUGUCGCACUCGCGCUGGUCGUCGGACAGCUCGAGCUCGGAGGGCGAGGGCGAGGGCGCGGUGUUCGCGCCGCCCGCGCACGACCCGCGCCCCACAGCGCAGUUCACGCCGCAGGAACUUGCCAUGUUGCGAGAGGCGCGGAGACAGGAGCAGGCCAACAACCCGCACUACCUGAAGGACGACUCACCUCGCUCCUACCAGCAAGAUGACAUUCCUGUUGCAGAGAUUGCGCUUGAAGUGCCUCUACAAAUACACACUAAAAGAUCUGAUAAGUACUUAAUGUCCCGAGAGAGUACUAAUAAAAAGAAGAAAGAAAAACGCACAUCGAAGAAACGGAAAAGCAAAAAACAACAAAUAUCUAGUGACUCCGAAAGCGAAGAGGAGGCGCGGCCGGCGGUGGCGCUGGGCGGCGAGCUGCCCGACGGCGCCGCGCUCAGCGACGACGAGCCGCCCGCGCCGCGCGACGACCCGCACCGCGCGCUCGACCUCGACCUGGACCUACCUCUACGUGAAGAAGAAUUACUCACAUCAAGAAUCCAUCAGUAUCCUUCAGCAGAAAGUGGUCUUUUGAACAAAAAGUCAAAAUUAUCAAAGAAGAGCAAGUCGACCGAGAAAAAGUCAGUUGAAAAAUUAGUUAAGAAAAAGAAGGACAAGAAAACUAAGGAAAAAUCAGAAGAUUUAAUGUUACAGGAAACGGACAAACCUCAGGUAAACGAAGAUUUUCUUAUCGAAGAUUUAAGUAAGUCAAACGGUCAGAAGAACAUGAAAGAAGCCGUCGGCGUAGAUAGCGAAAUAUUACUCACUGAAACCAACCCAAAAGGUACUAAGACUGAAAAACAUAAGAAAUCGAAAAAGGACUCUAAGGACAAGGAAUCGAAGAAGCCUAAAUCUUCCAAAAAGGGUAAACAUGAAACAAAGACGGGGUAUGAAGAAGCGUUAGGUAUUUCAACACCUAGCAAAGAAGUCGCAUAG